AUGGACGACCAACAUCUCAAUGGUACGGAACGGAUCUUUCCCGCUGCCAGCGGGGAGGUCACUCUCAUUCCAACUCCCACAUCGUCCAAAAAUGACCCACUGAAUUGGAGCCCAUGGAGACGGUAUUGGCACGCUUUUUUGGUGCUGGUCAUCGUCGCCUUCACCGCGGCGACCUCGAACGAUGCUGGUACCGCCGGGAAUGGCAUGAACGAGGAGCUAGGCAUUUCCUGGGAUGCGAUCAACAUUGCCGCCGGUGUCUUGUUCAUUGGCAUCGGGUACUGCACUCUGCUGCUGAGCCCCGCACCAUUCCUGUACGGUCGUCGCAUUUCUUACCUGCUGUGCCUACUGUUUUCCCUUGGCGGAUCUAUCUGGCUCGCCAAUGUGCAGACCACCCAGGACAAUAUCUGGAAUCAACUUUUUGUGGGCGCGUCCGAGUCAUGCGCCGAGGCCCUCGCCCAGCUCUCGCUGUCGGACCUCUUUUUCCAGCACAGACGCGGCCUUGUGCUUGGUCUCUAUGUGCUUGCGACUAGUAUCGGUACCUUCACUGGACCACUGGUCGCGGGUUUCAUCGUCGACAGCCCUAUUUUGGGAUGGCGGUGGGUCGGAUGGCUGGGCGCAAUCAUUUCAGCGGCCUUAUUCAUCACCGUGUUUUUCACACUGGAAGAGACUGCCUUUGAUCGCCAUACCAUUCAAGGUCUUGAAAUGCCUCGACAAAAAUCAGCUCCACCCGUAUCAAACAUCUCGCUGGACGAGAAAGACAAAGACGUGACGAAAGUGAGAACCACGUCUCGUGGUAAUAGUGUCGACGAAGAGAAUCCCGAUCAGCAAAGUGCAAAGACCUAUUUCCAGAGCAUCGCUCUAAUCACUCCUUCCUCGCGCCUGGUUGGCACGGGCUUCAAGCAAUACUACUAUCGCCUGUGGCACACCCUUUCGUCUGUCCUCUAUUCCGGCCUUCAGUGGGGAGCGCAGGAUGCAUGGCUCACAUUCUACCUCACUGUCGAGGAAGAUAAUUACUACGAAGCGCCGUGGAACUACACAGAUGCCGCCGUGGGUAUCAUGAACGUCCCCACUCUCAUCGGCGCCUGCAUCGGCUGUAUCUACGGUGGUUGGUUCUCUGAUCUAUUCGUCGCGUGGAUGGCCAAGCGGAACGGUGGAAUCUUCGAAGCAGAACAGCGUCUCUGGCUCAUGUUCCCUGUCGCCCUCAUUGGCCCCGCCGGACUGAUGCUCUUCGGCAUCGGUUCUGAUCUCGGCUGGGACUGGCACAAGACCUACGUUGGACUCGGCUUCAUUGGCUUCGGUUGGGGCUGUGCUGGCGAUCUCAGCAUGGCGUAUCUCAUGGAUGCAUAUCCCGAGAUGGUUCUCGAAGGUAUGGUCGGUGUCUCUGUUAUCAAUAACACCAUUGGCUGCGUCUUUACCUUCUCAGCCCAAUACUGGCUGGAUGCACAAACAUUGUCUCAGGUUUACAUUGCUAUCGGUGUUUUAAGCUUUGCCUUCUUGAUGACCACUGCCCCAAUGAUCUAUUGGGGCAAAGCUUGUCGCAAGAUGACCCGCAAGCGCUACGAGAACUUCCUUCAGAUACGUGAUGGACACCUCUAG